AGGGAGGCGAAAAUGAGAGAGAGUCAUCACCGCGAAGCUUCAUAUUCUAAUUGAAUUCCAUCGUCAAAUUCACCACAAUUCAAACCCUAGUGAUACAAGAGAGAAUGGUUUUCUACUUCAAGGCGCGCCCGGAGGCUGGGGAUUUCACCAUAUUCAUGGGCCUCGACAAGUAUGAGAACGAGGAGCUCAUCAAAUACGGAUUUCCUGAAGAUAUUUGGUUCCACGUGGAUAAGAUGUCUUCAGCUCACGUUUAUCUGAGAUUGCACAAGGGUCAAACUAUUGAUGAUAUAUCUGAAGGUGUAUUAGAAGAUUGUGCUCAACUAGUCAAAGCAAAUUCUAUCCAAGGAAAUAAAGUAAACAAUGUCGAUGUUGUUUACACUCCUUGGCAAAAUCUUAAGAAGACUGCAUCGAUGGAUGUUGGGCAAGUUGGUUUUUAUAAUUCUAAAAUGGUUCGUACCGUGAGAGUUGAAAAGCGAAUAAAUGAGAUAGUCAACCGAUUAAACAGGACCAAAGUGGAAAGAACUCCUGAUCUAAAAGCUGAACGGGAGGCCGUAAAUGCAGCAGAAAGAGCAGAAAGGAAGCAGCAGCUCCGUGAAAAGAAGCGACGGGAGGAGUUGGACAGACUUGAGAAAGACAGGCAGGCUGAAUUAAGGAGCUACAAAAACUUGAUGGUAGCUGAGAAGAUGACAUCUAACAAGGACAUAGCAUCUACCAACAAGUCCCUUCAAGAACUUGAGGAAGAUUUCAUGUGAACAUAAAAUGCUUCUACAGUCCCUCAACAUCCAGCCAUUAGUCGAGUAUAUGAGUUCUUUGGCCACAAGGGGCCGAGGACCACAAUGAAGUUCAAAAGAGAAAGUCCACGCGUCAUCCGAUAGGUAUUUAUAUGAAAUCUUGAGAUAUUGAAGCGCUCCCUAAUUGUAGUAAUAAUAUGUGGGGAGCAAAGAUUUAUAUAGAGGGAACUGCCCAAUUCGAUCUGAUUAUGACGAAAAGCUUGUGUUUGGAUUAUGAUGCGAUGUUGUUUCAUCGGAUAAUGGUAUCACAUUGUUGCCUUUUUUCUUGGUUAA